UUCACCAAACAACAGCCCAGCAGCUGUGUCAGCUCCGCGCCUUCAGCCCCCAUAUCCAGCCAAAAUACGCCGGAAUCUUCGCUUUGAUCUAAUUUUUCCACCCAAUUCAAAAUCUGAAACCCCCACCAUGCCCAAUUAAUUAUUUAAUUUACUUAACCACUAUAUAUUCAGUCAAUUCUCACUUCACUCUCCACUUCAAUUUGGAAUUCGAAUUUCGAAUUUCGAAUUUCUAAUUUCUAUUUAGGUUUUGGGUUUUCGUUUCAGGGAAAAAAGAAGCUACCAUGAAAGCUUCUUUGAAGUUCCGUGAAGACCAGAAGCCGCUGGUUCGAGCCAAAGUUCCUCUGAGCAUCUUAGGCUUGCCUUUUCAAUCAGGGAUUGUCGCCGGUGAGUCCAAGGAGCUCACUCUAAAUCUCGCUACCUUCUUCGAAUCUGGGCCCUCCAUCAAGAUUGCCUACCGUCCCAAUGAUGCCUGGAACCCUUUUUCUCUUAUCGUCAAGACUGGAACGGGACCUUUUGGUUCGCCCAUGUCCAGCUCCAUGCUCAUGAGUGCAGAGUUCAAUUUGCUUGGGAGAGGUAAUCCUAGUUUUAUGCUCCAUUUCAAGCCCAGGUUUGGGGACUUUUCGAUUAAGAAAUCACAGUCGUCUUCGGUCUUUGAGAAGAGCGGGAAUAUGUUUGGCCAUUUGCCGUGCAAUGAUGAUGGAUCGAUUGAGGUGGUUGAGUCUCCCAUGAUAAAUGGAGGCGGUAUAGGGGUGAUGAACGGAAUUUCGGGGAAGAAAGUCGCGGUUUUGCCGCCGCCUACUGCUAGAGCGAUUGCAAGCGCUUUCUCUGGCGUGGAAGUGACAGCAAGUACGAAGCUUCCUGUGAGGAGCCGCGCGGCGAUCAAUUUCAGAUGGGGAGUUCGGGUUCCUGCGGAAUUCAAGAAUGGUACUGGUGGGGAUUCAAUGGCUGGGAUCAAUCUGAGAAAGAUUCCCUUUUUGGUGAUGAAUAAGAUAGGGAUUGAGCAUAUUGAUGGUGAUGAAUCGAAAUCGAAAUCGAAAGGGAUGGCUUCUGCCCCGACGAAGUUGAGCUCGGAAUUGACAAAUUCUGAUAUGGCGGAGGCUUGUUUGGCGGUGAAGCGGCAGCUGGAAGUGUUGCAAGCUGAGAAUGGGUUAUUGAAGAAAGCUGUGGAAGAUCUCAGGCAGGAAAUUGCUUCAGGCAAGUUAGGUUUGCCGGACUUCAAUUCUGGCAAAUACAGAGAAAUCGAGAGGAACGGAAUGAAAAAUGUGAAUGGCAGUAGAAUUGAAAGGAGAAGCAAUGAGAAGAAAUCAAUGGAGGGUGAUGUGAAUGAGGAGUUGAAGAAGGCAUUGAAGGGAACUGCUGGUAUUGGUGCUUAAAUUUGUCGAAAUCGCUUUGCGAAGUGAGUUUAUAUAGAUGUGAAAGCUGCCAAGUUAAGCGGGUUUAUCUUGCCUUGAAAAGAUUAGCAGGUUUGUUUUGUUCAAUACUAUGUCAAUUUUUGUAAGUUGUUUAAGAAUGUGUUCUAUAUUGGCUGCUUGGUUAAUCCUGUAUAAAAUGGAACGCUUGUUUUUGGGUUA